GCAGCUUCAGAUCUAGACAUUCAGACCACCAAACCACGCGACCGCUCUCUCUCUCCGACGGCGAAAAACUCCAUCGGCGCCGGUGCUCUCUCUCUCUCUCUCAGACGGUCUCUCUCAGAUCUGGAAGUCGACGCUCUCUCUCAUCUUACUCUCUCUCAGACCACUCUCUCUCUCUCUCUCUCUCUCUCUCAGACGGUGAAAAACUCCACCGGCGCCGGUGCUUUGGCUACGGAAACGAGCAAGAAGACGGUGCUCUCUCUCAGACGCUACGGUGCUCCUCCUCCACGAUUGACGGGUUGUACCAAAAACCCAAAGAAACCAGGUCGGUUUUCAAUUACCCAUUGUGGUUGCCUUCUCUUCUCUUAAAUGGACAUUUCAAGCUCACGCUUGGAUAAUGAGGGCAAAGUUGAAUCUUUGUAUAUGCGUAUUCCAAAUGACGAUGCUUUAACCGAGCAAGAUUGCCCUCAAACUGGUGUGGAUAAAGAAGUUGAAAAACCUAAGGAAUCAAUGAUGCUUUGUUCGGAGGAAGAGUCGGAUGAUAACGAAGACAAUGUCUUAUUAUCCAAGAUGAUUGAUGGGGAUGAAAAAGUUGAACCACCAAAGAAGUCAAUGACGUUUAGUUCACAUGAAGAGGUUAUCUCAUAUUACAAGAAGUAUGCUAAGCAAGUUGGUUUUGGUGUGUCAAGAAGAAUGAUUAAGAAGACACCAGAUGGUCAUCCGAGAUACAUGCUCCUUACAUGCAUUCGUGAAUGCUCAAGAGUUCGCAAUACAAGUAAUGCUAUGAAGCCAAAUCCAACAACUAAUAGAACAAAGUGUAAUGCUAGGAUUUGUGCAACGUUAUGGGAUGAUGGAACGUGGUUUUUGAGUAAGGUGGUGGUUGAGCAUAACCAUUCUUUAAGCCCAAGCAAAGCAAGGUUUUUGAGAUGUUAUAAGAAUAUAAAUGAUCCUGCAAAAAGAAGACAUGAGCUUAAUGAUAGAGCUGGAAUACGCGCGAAUAAGAAUUUUAACUCAUUGGUUGAAAUGGGAGAGUUUGAGAAUCUUCCCUUUGGAGAGAGAGAGUGUCGAAAUUUUAUUAACAAGGCAAGAGAGCUUCGGCUUGGCAAAGGAGGUGGUCAAGCACUUUGUGAUUAUUUCACAAGAAUGCGAAGCCAGAAUGAUGGCUUUUAUUAUGUGAUGGACAUGGAUGAUAAUGGUAGGUUGCGAAAUGUGUUUUGGGCUGAUACACGAAGUAGGGCAGCGUAUGAAUUCUUUGGGGAUGCCAUUACAUUCGACACGACAUACUUGACUAAUAGAUAUGACAUACCAUUUACUCCUUUUGUAGGAGUGAAUCAUCAUGGUCAGUCAAUACUUUUUGGGGCAGGACUAAUAUCAAACGAGGAUACCGACACAUUUGUUUGGUUGUUUGAGUCGUGGUUGAAGUGCAUGAACAACCGAGCUCCAAGUGCAAUUAUAACAGAUCGGACUAGAGCAAUGAAAAAUGCAAUUGUGAGAGUUUUUCCAAAAACUCGACAUAGAUAUUGUCUAUGGCACAUUAUGAGAAAACUCCCUGAAAAGUUCGGAUCACAUGAUCAUUACAAUGACAUUAGGAGUGCCCUAAAUACUUGUUUGUAUGAUUCUAUCACUGUUGAUGAAUUCGAGAAAAAUUGGAAAAUUUUAAUUGAGAGUUAUCAGCUUCAGGAUAACCCAUGGUUGAAUCGGUUAUAUCGUGAGCGGACUUUUUGGGUGGCGGCAUAUAUGAAAGAUACAUGUUGGGCGGGAAUGGAUACAACACAGCAGAGUGAAAAUAUGAAUGGAUUUCUUGAUAGUUAUGUGCACUCAAAAACCACAAUAAAGGAAUUUCUUGAUCUAUUUGAUAAUGCUUUGAGGAAAAUGGUUGAGAGGGAGACACAUUCUGAUUUCGAUUGUUUUAAUCGCACGAUUCCAUGUGUAACUGUCUUUCCUUUAGAGAAGCUGUUUCAAGAUGUUUACACAAAUGCAAAGUUUAAAGAAGUUCAAGAACAGUUUGGGACAUGUGUGUCUUGUAAUAACUCUCUUCUUAAAAGUGAAGGUGCAAUUUCUACUUAUCAAGUAAUUGAAACUGUUGUCGUUCCUGGAAACCGCAUGAUCGACAAAAUAUUUGGUGUUUUCUUCAAUGAAGAUGAAUUUGAAGUGAAGUGCACUUGUGCAAUGUUUGAAUUAAGAGGCAUCAUAUGCAAGCAUUCCAUUUCUGUUCUAUUGACAAAGAAAGUUACAACGUUGCCAUCAAGAUAUAUUCUUGACAGAUGGAUGAAGAAUAUAAAGCGAAAAUACACUUUGAUUAAGAGUAGUUGUGAUGCGUUUGUUGGUAACUCAAGCUCCCAAAGAUAUGAUAGAAUGUGCAAGAAUUGUGAAGAAUUAGCAUCGCUCACAUCAGAAAGCGUGGAAUAUUUCAUGGAAGUGAUGAAAACUGUUGAUAUGUUAAAGGAGAAAUACCGUGCCUUAAGGUCUGUUGUGCCCAGUCAGCGUUACCAUAAUGUUUCACAUGCAGUCGCAUCUGCUAGCUGUAAUGAAGCCAUUCAAAGUAAUGAUGGUAAGGGCUCCAUCUCUAUGGCAACAACAAUGGCUCAAACCUUGGGCGGUCACCAUGAUUCCGUUCUUACUCAAGUUGUGAUGCCGGUUGAUCCAACAAAUGAGUUAUCAAAAUUAGUCAGCCAACAGAAAUAUGAAGAAGCUUUCGAUGCAGCCUUACAAAGAUGUGAUGUGUCCAUUGUAUAUUGGCUAUGCUCUCAGGUUGAUCUACUGUGUAUCUUGUCUAUAGAUCCUCUCCCUUUGAGCCAAGUAGUAUUGCUUCACCUUUUGCGGCAUCUAUCUUACGGUAUCAAUAACAACAUACCCCAAAAAUUUGGUUGGAUGACACACGUUGCUAAUGCUAUAAUCCCAACAGACUCGAUGAUUGCAAUGCAUGUGCGGCCCAUCUUCAAUGAAAUCUACGCCUUGCUCAACCAUCAACAAUACUUGCCUACGAUUAUUGGUUAUGAGCUUUCAAGUAUCCGUUCUCUGAUGCAUGUCAUUAUUUCUAAGAUCAUAUAACCAAAAUAUAGUUUAUGCCAAUAACCGUUUUGCUGUGUAUCUCAAAGCCAUUCCUUUGAUGGUCGCAUAAUUUUUGUACUAAGAUUUCAUUAUUUUGAUACCUAAUAUGUAAAUUAAUAGAGAAAAUAUGUAAAUUAAUAGAGAAGUGGGGAAGGGGAAGGGGUAGGACUGAGAUUCAACUCUUCUAUGGUUGUGUUCUACUAUAUUGGACCUUGUAUUGGUAUGCCAGAGCAUUGUCAUCAUAACUUUGAGAA